AUGCAAUUCGUGGCCGCCGCUUUGCUCUUAAACAUUAAUCCAGAGGUGGUUGUGAAGGACGACGACGAAGAGGUCGAGAUGGUCUAUCUAGACUGUGAUUUCCCCAAAGGGCAGGAGGAGGACAGUGGUUUCUCCAGACGACCGUCGCUGUCCUGUGACGGUCUGGUUUGCAUGCCCGUGCCAGGCUGGAUCAACGUUUUGAAUCCUUCCACCGAAGAUAACCAACGUCCUCGACGACGAAGGGGUUUUGAAGUGUUUCCUGGAUACUGGAGGAUGGGAUUCGGUAGGGACAUAGUUAACGGGAGCUAUAAGGUAGUGAGGAUGUGCUUGGAGCCUAACUAUAGUUACUGCGAGAUUCUUGAUAUUAACAUUGGGGUAUGGAGGAGACUGAAGAGUAAGCCUCUUUUCUAUGUGGGAGAGAGAUUGAAGUCGGCGUUUGUGAAUGGAUCCAUCUACUGGUUAGAAGUAGAUUGUUAUGACAAGACUCAGAAGAUACUUGCGUUGGAUCUGCACACUGAAGAGUUUCGUAGCGUAAAGACACCGCCUCGGUUCUGCAAGUCAGGGCAGAUAGCUAACCUCGAAGACCGUCUAGUCGUAGCCGCAAAGGAUAUUGGGGAGCCUGGUUUUAGGGUUUUGCAUAUGGAGAAUGGAUGCACGAGAUGA